UCAAACCAGUAUCUUUUUCCCUUUGCAGAUUUUCCUUCAUAUGACUUCAUGAUCAGUCUGGACAGUUUCCAGCACUAUCGGAUACUGUCAAAACAAUAUGUAUGCAUCCUAAAACUUGUAGGGUAUAUUUGCAAUGGUUUAGUGUGGGGUUGCCUUUAAGCUUUCAAGUCACAUCUGAGCUGAUUCAGGAGAGCAUGUAAGUUACAUUUCGAAGUAUCUCCGCUGAAAAUUGUUAGAGCCUCCAAGCAAUACUUAUAUGAUGACAGUGGAUCUGAAUAUCUCGAUUGUAUCAGCAAUGUAUCUCAUGUUGGUCACUGUCACCCUCACGUGGUUCAUGCUGGACAGGAACAGAUGGGGAAACUGGUCACUAGUGCAGGGUUUCUGGACGAUAAAAUGGUGGAAUAUGCCAAACGCAUCAUCGAGACUCUCCCGGAUCAGCUCUGUGUUUGCUUCUUUCUGAACUCGGGAUCAGAGGCCAAUGACCUUGCCCUUAGACUGGCCAAAUCUUACACAAAAAACGAAGACUUCAUCGUUCUUAAUCAUGCUUACCAUGGAAACAUCGGGAGUCUACUAGACCUGAGUCCCUCUAAGUGGAAAAAAGUUGGCAUAACCCAAAAGGAAUGGGUUCAUGUGGUGGACUGUCCAGACCUGUACAGAGGGAGGCACAAAGACGACGCUAAUCCGAGCCUGAAGUAUGCUCAACAAGUUCAUACAGCCAUUAAAAAAGCCCAGGAGAAGGGCAGAAAGGUAGCCGCCUUUAUCAGCGAGCCCGUAAUGACCAGUGGAGGGGUGAUUAUGUUACCGAACAAAUACAUGAAAUGGGUGUACAGCUUUGUGAGAAGCAGUGGAGGGGUUUGCAUCGCUGACGAGAUCCAGGUUGGAUUGGGACGAUGUGGGGAAUCCUUCUGGGCAUUCCAGAUGCAUGAUGUGGUGCCUGACAUUCUUACAGUGGGUAAACCUCUCGGAAAUGGUCAUCCAAUGGCUAUGGUGGUCACAACUAAAGAAAUUGCAGAUAGCAUAGGGGAAUUCAACAGCACAUUCGGAGGAAACCCAGUGGCCUGUGCAGUGGGAAUGGCUGUGCUGGAUGUGAUUCAUAAUGAAAAACUGAUGUCAAGUGCCAGGAAUGUUGGGAAGUGUUUGAUGGAGGGAAUGAGGGCCAUUGCCCCAAACCACCCAAUGCUGGGGGACAUCAGGGGGGUGGGAAUGGUGAUAGGGAUAGAGAUUGUGAUCGACAAAGAGAGCAGGAAGCCUUCUAAAGAAGGGGCAGAAAUACUGGCCUACAAAUUGAAGGAACAAAAGAUUAUUAUCGCUAACGAGGGCCCAGACAAAAAUGUGAUGCUUCUACUGCCACCGAUGUGUUUUACGUGUGACAAUGCCAGACGUGUGGUACAAGCCUUCGACCUAGCUCUAACUGAUAUAGAGAAGGGGACAAGUAAUAAACAGGGCCAGUCAGACGACACUAAAAUGAAUGUCCCUCUCAACAUUCUCGCAGGACUCGGGGGCUCUAUGGGGCUGAAUCUCCUGGAUGAUCCAGAAGAGGAUGAAGAACCUGACUCUAAGAGAGCUCGCUAUGAUGAAAUGGACUGACUAAAAGUCACUAUUGUAAAGUUCAACAAUUAUACGCCUCUUCAAGACAGGACCAGUGGUGGUCAUUUCAACAGUGAAUGUCUGAAAGUGGUCUCUGCCUCAAAAUGUAUAUUUCUACAAUGGUUCAACUUUAAGUCGGAGAUCGUCAUAGACGUUCUGAUGUAUUUUAGAAGUCUUGAUCAUUAUCAAGGUAGACAACUCCUGAUCUGACCAAGAUGUGUAUUCAUCAUUCCCAGUCGUAGAUCAAAAAGUGUCUGUUAUCAGUACAAAAGUUAUAAACAGGCCGAUAUGGUGAUCACAAAAUUGUCACUGUGAUUUCUAUUUGCCAACUGUGAUAUAAUUUGUCAUGAAUUGACGAGAUUACUAACAGUGGGAAAUCAAUGACCACAGAUGCUCUCAAGCUCUGAACAAUCACAUGACUUGCAAAAUGAAGUUCAGGUAGUUGGUCAUAUGUUCAGAUCUAGUGUUGAUACAUCUUCUUUAUAACUGGUGCAAUACUGUAAAAGAAAAUUCAGGUGAUAUUGUUUGUUUCUUCAUAAGCACCUGAAAUGUCCCCGAACAGUUGUAAGUACAUUGUAGUAAAAAGAACUUUAAGCAACAAAAAUAUGUGACCACAUAUAAAUUCUAAUUUUAAAUUAUAGGAAUGUAUGUUUGAUGUUCAUUAUUCUCAAACUAUACUGCCAACUUCCAUAAACUUAAAUAAUGGAGAGAUUCUAACGAGGGGGAGGGAUGAAAUCAGAAAGUACCCGUAAGUCGCCUGCACCCGCAUGGCUAUAGUACUUGAAUUAAGAUGUAUACUGCAUAGACAUGUUCAAAAAUUAUUUCGGGGAUUUUCUUUUAACUCUUGGCUUGUUUUACGAUUUAGAUAAUUUCUAAAUGUGAUACAUACUCUGAGAUCAUUUAUUAAUUCACACCAGUUUGAAAUCAGCUGGAGAAGGAAUGUUAAUGUAAUGAAUGUUCACAAGAUUGAAAAUCGAACCCAAAAAUUCUGAAAAUGAGUUUUUUGAAUAUAUAAAGUGUUCUUGAAGUUCAGUGUAAUGUCACAAGACAUGUUGUUUUGAAGAAAUCGCUCACAGUGUGGCUGUACUAGUUGUGGAUCUCUGGCUUUAAAGUCUGUCAACAGACAAAAUGUCAGAGAUAUGAAACUGAGCUGUAAAAUCUUCUGUUGUUUAAAGCAUUAGUUACCAUUAUGUCAAAUCUAUCUCUGUUGUCAUUGAAGUGUAAAACAGUGAAGAUCAGUUUGUUUAUUUUAUUUUAUGUUUAAUUUAUGAAUAUCACAAAUGCUGUUCUGUUGCUAAGGACUUUGUCUAUUACAUGUACAGUCUACUCCAUUUAUAUUGAAACUUAUAUUAAAUCAUAUUAAACUAUUUGUUAUAUUGAAGUAAAAAUAAUUCCCCAGUAACAUUAUUUAUACAGUUCAACAUGGGUUAUAUUGAACUUUGGAUAUAAUGAACAAUUCAGGUUGGUCCCCUGAAUCUCAAUAUAUCCGAAGUAGACCAUAUAAUGAACAAUUAAGGUCGGUCCCCUGGAUUUCAGUAUAUCUGGAGUGGACUGUACAAACAUUUGUUAAUUUCUAUGCUGUUUUAUAUCUCGUGCAAGAAGUUUUUACUCAUGUAAAGACAUUACCAGCUUUAUAGUUGAAAGUGCUACAAAUUUCUACCUAUGCAUGCCACUAGGGGACUAUAACAAUGAAGAUUCUUUAUCAUGUCAAUCCCUUCCUUGACACGAGAGAUUUGUUUUGAAGAUCAUAUCCUAAAGAUCCAUUGCUUUAAAUUCUAAUACCAGGCACUUGGCAAAAACUUAGUUCCUGCAUAUGUUAAAUGUCUUAGGUUUGACACAAUAGUGAGAAUAGGAGACGACAUACAUAGACUAUACCUGUUGCCCGAUCCUUUUGCGUUUAUCAAUGAAAUAUUAGAUACCAAGAAUGGAACCUGGUUGUCCCCCCCCCCUCCCCCUGGUUGUGAAGUGCCCUAGCCACUAUACUACAUGUAUGUUAACCAGUUUAUUACUAAAGGAAAAUUACAAAAUAUUAUCUAGUGUAUUCUUCAGUUAAUGAAAUAUUUCAAUAUUUUUUCACCCAAUCAGAUUAAAAUCAGCGCCUCGAUCCGCUCCAUUUUUUGUAUAUUGUCGCUACACUACAUGUAAAGGAGGGGAUCAAGGAGCUGAUUUUAAUCAGAUUGUUUGUCAAGAUCAAUAACAGCCAAGUCUUCUGCAUGCAUGUAAUAGAAAUUACAAAAUGCUUUCCUAAUUGAUGUAUAAUUUCCAAAGAUUCGCCGUCGCUAAUCUAUUACAUGUUGUGGAGAAACUAAGGUAGAAUUUUACUGACUCAAAAUUUAAUUUCAACAUUACCCCCCCCCCCCCCCCCCCCCCCCCCCCCCCCCCCCAAGAUAAAUAUGAAUAAUUUUGUGGAGGGUGCUGAAUGUGAAUGAUAUUAUUACAUGUAUUAUUAUUGUUAUCCAUUCCGUUUUGCUUUAGUUGUGUGAAUUUAUCCAUUUAUCAUGUUUAUCGUGGAUAUAGACUUGCAAGCUGAAACAAAGAGUAGGUUGCAAUUUUGUUAAGGCUUUGAUGUUACUGUUGAAUGUAGAUUUAUUCUAUUUUAUAUACGUGGUGCACAGAGCAGAAGGCAGCUGACCGAGAACUUGUUUCAGAAGAUUGGACUAGGUGUUUUGUUCAUAUUUGUUGCUUGUCUUAUUUAUUUUUGUGUAAUCUUUUUUGUGAACUAUGAAAUAGAAUCUUUAAAUUUCAAGCUAUUACUAUGAAAUGGUCAUCACAUUUUACAAAUUCAGUGUCUACAAAUUUCAAUUUCUUUGUAUGUGAACAGGAUUUGUUUUCCUGUUGACUCUGUCAGUUUUCAAUGCUGUAGUAUAUUGCAGUGUUCCUGUUGACUGGGUAUGAAGGCUAUAACAAUUUUGUAUCCCUCCAAUUCUGUUGCUGUUUCCUGAGGUGCAGCCGAGGGAAAACUUGCUAUCAUCCUCAUAACCAGUAAACAAUUACAAUGUUUAAUUGGGUGAAAUUUUAACUGCAAAAAAAUUCACAGAAAUAGCUAGGAAUCGCAUGACCUGCUGGUAAAUAGUUAUGAUGUAUAAUAAAAGACUAUUUGCCCAUGAGGGAAUGGUAUUCAAACAAAAAUAUAUUGCAUAUAAAAUGGUUUUUUUUAAACCUCUGCAUACCCUAUCAUGUCUGCCCCCAAUUGCCUGUCCACCUGCAGGUAAUGCGUGGUCCUCUGAACACCUGUUAUUAGUAUCUCUAACCUGGAGGUCAUUACAAUGGUUCAGUUAAUGUUUGUCUGUCUGUCUGUCUGUUAAUCAUGUGGAACUAAAGGUUGAACAUGAACAAAAACUCCCAGCAACAAUGUGGGCUAUAUGAUUAACAAUAAUGAUAAGAUAUUGGGAGGAAUUAAGAAAAAGGCCAUUUUUGGUGAGAAUUGGGGGGUGGGGAAUUGCUCAGUUGGACAGAGGUAUAGAUAUGUGUGGUGCAUCUUGUCACCUUCACAUGUAUGCAAAUUUCAACGACCAAUAGAUCUCUAAUUAAUCUGUAAAUCAAAGAAAAUGCAUUCUUGCUCAAUGUCCAACAUGUUGUAUUGCAUUGUAUCUUGUUGAAUUGUUUAUUGUUAUUUUCGUGAAGAUGUGUAUGUAUGAUAAAUCCAGUUUAUAAAUAAAUAUUUCUUAUUAAGAUAGUUUAAGAAAG